GGUAACUUCCAGUGACAGAAAGUGAAAGUAUUGUGUGAGGGGAGUUUUGAGUCCGAGCAGGAAGACCUGGUUGAAGGCUACAGGAACGCUCUGCACUACAAGGACAGGCAAAUGGCUACGGUACUAAGGGUCAACACUGCUAACCAGCAAAAGGUGCAGGAAUUCAGACAUCAGGUCUCCUCUGAGGCUGUUCUUCUGAUCUCCAGUCAGUUGCCAAGCAAAAUUCAGGAGCUGAAUAAAUUACUCCAGGAGGAGAUCCUGAACCUGACGGAUUUAUCGCAGAUUCACGGAGAGCUGGACAUCCCCAUCCCGGACCCCCCCAAGAAGGAGGAGGAGAACGACGACCAGACAUCGGAGACGGAAGACGGGAAGGAGAAAAAGGAGAAACCCCCAAAAUGCGGCCUGCAGAAGGCUAACCAGAAGAUCCUGAUGCUGCUCCAACACGUCAAGCCACAGCUGAGACUCCUGAAGGAAACAUGCAUCACGCUGACCACCUGGAUCCAGUACAUGGUGCCCAAGAUCGAAGAUGGGAAUGAUUUCGGAGUGGCCAUUCAGGAAAAGAUUCUGGAGAGGACGGCAGCAGUGAAGACCAAGGUGGAGGGAUUCCAGACCAGCAUCACCAAGUACUUCACUGAGCGUGGAGACGCGGUGGCCAAAGCCUCGAAGGACACGCACGUGAUGGACUACCGCCAGCUGGUCCACGAGAAGGACGAGGCGGCCUACGUGGACCUCAGGACGAUGAUCAUGGACAUCAGGGGCUUCUACGUUGAACUGCUGGACAUCAUCAUCAAGAAUGCCGAGAAGAUAACUAACCCCAAAGGGGAGGAGAAAGCCCUCUCCAUGUACUGAGCGGAGCGAUGGUCGAGGAGGGGGGGCAGGUUUAGUGAGUGAGGGGGUGGGGGUGGAGUAACAGCGCCGAGGGGCAUUAACACCUCUCAGCGCGCGAGUGGACGGCGGGAAAUCCACCGGGGGCUGGUGAUACCGUGCUCUUAUUCCCACCCCCCGGCCCCACACGCCGUCUUUGUCAAAACCGGUGCCGCGUUUCGAGGGUGGUGACAAUAAAUUUAUGUUUUGAAUAUGGAGCUGA